GAAUUGAAAAAUAGAUCUUAUGUUAUAUCCCUUCAUAAAAAGCAGAGGAUCCCAAAAGAAGUGUUCAGCAGUGAGGAAUAUAUCUGAAGAUGUAAAAGAGGGUGCUUUUGGUAAAUUGGCAACUGCAAGUUCCCAGCUAAAACUGAGCAUGAUAAAUUUCUCAGUUUGCUUCUGAAGAAGCUCACCCAACUCCUCAAUUGCUUCAUUUGUGAGGAAAAGAACUUCAUUUCUGCUUCACAAGCUGCCUUUGCGAUUUCCAGACAACACUAAUGGCAAAGACAGGAUACAAACUACAGGAAUUUGUGGCUCAUUCAGGAAAUGUAAACUGUUUAAGGAUUGGAAGGAAGGCGAGCCGCCUUUUUAUUACAGGAGGGGAUGAUCACAAUGUCAAUCUAUGGAUGAUUGGAAAAACAACCUCUUUAAUGAGUUUGUGUGGUCACACUACUACAGUAGAAUCUGUGACUUUGGACUCAGCAGAAGCUUUGGUUCUUUCUGGAGCAUCAUCGGGGGUUAUAAAGCUUUGGGAUUUGCAGGAAGCAAAGAGUCUGGGAUCUAACAGGUGGAAAGCUCUUGCAUGACUUUAAGUUCCAUGAAGGACACAUUAGGUCCUUAAACUUCCAUCCUCUUGAGUUUCUUCUGGCUACAGGUGUGUUGGUCCCUUAAAGCAGCUUGGAACAGUAGAUAAUCAUGCAUGUGCAAAAAAAAUUAUGAUGUUCCCUGUUUUGUAAUUAUAAUGUUGUUUCAAGUGCACCAAAUGAUAAUCUACUUAGGCUAGAUGGCUGUUCAAACUUAAUGGAAAUUUAGGCAACUAAUUCUCGUAUGUAGAGGGAACAAUAACAUAUAUGAGCCUCUUCAAAAACUCAAUUAGGGAUUAUCCAGAAUGCAUUCUGGUCUAGCCCCCAUACCAGGUUUUGGGUGGUGUAGAAUUUAGUUUUGUUAACUCAAAACGCAUC